UUCAUUCUUUUUUUUUUAUCCCCCUACUAUUGUGAAGAAACCAAACGUGCAAAUUAUUUACUUGCAGUUGUGCUAACACGCGAUCUUACUGGACUUCGCUAUUUAGUGUGAGGCUGGUGAAUUCGAUGUGACACGCAGUGAUGAACGGCAGCUCGAACCCGCCUCUGGAUAAACAAGAGCAUGUGUUAAAGCUCGGAGAUAGUUUUGAGAAGAGGCCAAAAUCAUCUUUUCACACCAUCAGAUAUGAUUUUAAACCAGCAUCCAUAGAUACAUCCUGUGAAGGAGAAUUACAAGUAGGAAAAGGAGAUGAGGUUACCAUCACAUUACCACACAUACCAGGCUCCACUCCACCAAUGACGGUGUUUAAGGGCAACAAAAGGCCGUAUCAGAAAGACUGCGUUCUCAUCAUCAACCAUGACACUGGAGAGUUUAUGUUGGACAAGCUCAGCAGCAGCAUACAAGUCAAGAAAACAAGAGCUGAGGGCAGCAGUAAGAUCCAGGCUCGAAUAGAGCAGCAGUCAGUGAGAGCUAACCAGCUGACGGCACAGUUCCGCACCCCUAUCAAGCCUGGAGCGGGGGCUAAGACCUCACCAACCAAAGACAACCCUUCACCUGAGCCUCAGCUGGAUGACAUCAAACGAGAGCUGCGGGCCGAGGUGGAUGUGAUUGAGCAGAUGAGCAGCAGCAGUUCGUCAGACUCUGGCAGUUGCUCUGGCAGUGCUGAUGACAGCUCCUGCAGUGACGGAGAACAGGAAACUCAUCUCUCCCCCAGCAGGAACAACAUGGCCAACGGAAUGAACAAAUCACAAGGCAGCAAUCAGCUGAUGAGCACACUCCGAAAUGAUCUUCAGCUAAGUGAAUCUGGCAGUGACAGUGACAUCGACUGACCUCCUAGCUGAUGUUCAGCACUUACAAACAUAGAUUGUGUUUCUCUGCGUUACGUGCUUUCAUAGCUGAUAUCAGUCUUUUUGCAGUGGUUUCAUAGAUAUCAGUUUUAUCUUGAGCUUUUAAUGGCUUCAUGUUAACAGUGUUGAAGAAUGUAAAAUCAUUUUAAUAGAUUUAAUUUUUAUUGCAAAGGGAAAUGUUUGAACAGAUAUUGUUGUUUAAAUCAUUAAAAUUUAAUAUUGUACCUUUG